UAACCGGCUGUCUGUGAUCAGCAGUCUAGUCAACAUGGCUGCCUCCGUGAGGAAAGCAGCGCACGACAUAGAGACGCGAAAGCGGACCGAUGAUGUGCUUCUGUCGGAGGGGAUCGACUUCAGCUCCCUGCUGCUGUCUCAGCCCGUGUUGGAGGGACUGUCCUCCGCAGGCUUUCAGAAACCCUCCCCGAUCCAGCUCAAGGCGAUCCCGCUGGGCCGCUGCGGACUUGAUUUGAUCGUGCAGGCCAAGUCUGGCACGGGGAAGACAUGCGUGUUCUGCACCAUCGCUCUGGACUCUCUGGUCCUGGAGAAUGCUGCAACUCAGGUUCUUGUGCUGGCUCCGACACGUGAGAUAGCGGUGCAGAUCCACUCAGUCGUGAUGGCAAUAGGCUGUGCCAUGGAGGGCCUGGAGUGUCAUGUCUUCAUUGGGGGCAGGCCUGUAGGUCAGGACAAGCCCCAUCUGAAGAAGUGCCAUAUAGCUGUGGGCUCACCUGGUCGUAUCAAGCAGCUCAUCGAGCUGGGCAUGUUGUCCACCGCCAGCAUCAGACUGUUUGUUCUGGACGAAGCUGACAAGCUGCUGGAGGAGGGAAGCUUCCAGGAACAGAUAAACUGGAUCUUCUCCUCUCUGCCUGUGAACAAACAGAUGCUUGCGCUCUCUGCCACCUACCCAGAAUCCCUCGCUCAGCACCUGACCCGCUACAUGAGAGAGCCCACUUUUGUUAGACUCAAUCCCAGGGACAUGGGCCUCAAAGGCCUGAAGCAGUAUUACAAGCUGGUGCAAUCCCAUCCGUUACCUCACAAGGUGUUUGAGGAGAAGGUGCAGCACUUGCUGGAGCUGUUCAGUAAAAUACCUUUCAAUCAAGCGCUGGUGUUCUCCAACCUGCACACAAGGGCUCAGCACCUGGCAGACAUCCUCUCCUCCAAAGGCUUACCUGCUGUUUGCAUCUCAGGUGGUCUGAGUCAGGACCAGAGACUGGAGGCCAUGUCAAAACUGAAGCAGUAUCAAUGCAGAGUGCUCAUCUCCACUGACCUGACUUCCAGAGGUAUAGAUGCAGAGAAAGUAAACCUGGUGAUUAACCUGGAUGUGCCGCAGGACUGGGAAACCUAUAUGCACCGAAUUGGACGGGCUGGCCGCUUCGGCACUCAGGGGCUGGCUGUGACCUACUGUUGCCAUGGCGAAGAGGAGAACAAGAUGAUGGCCAUCGCUCAAAAGUGUGGCCUGAGUUUGUCUGUGUUGCCAUCCACCAUAGAGCCUGGGUUGAUGGAUGAGCCUUGUGACUGGGAUGUCUGCACUGAGGCGUCAACCCCAGGCCCCCAGUCCCAGCUCUUCCCCAAAAAAGAGAAGAGACGUGUCAAGGCUGCUGCCCCCAUCAUGGAUGAAGCUGUAGAGCAUAGCCGUGAAAGAAAGCCAGAGAAGACCCAUCCAGCAGCCAGGUUGGGAACGCACGGUGAAAGGAAUGCUAGAAGAGCGUCUCCUGUAAAGGACGUUCUCCCGCCGCCGACUCGAAAAGAGCUGCAAGACGCUCUGCCGAAGAUUCCUCCACUCAGCUCGUACAAGACUUGCACGUCAGAGUUUAUGACCUUCGAGGAGGCUGAGCAGGACUUCCAGAUGUUCAUUACGACGGGUUUAGGGAGAUCAGUGGAAGUCAUCAGGGAGUUCAGAGGUGGAGAGGACGUCGGUGAUCAGAACGUUCACAGAGUGUCUGUCAUGAUUGAGGAUGACGGAACUCAGAGUGUCUCACAAAGCUGUAAACUGUGGAAAUCUGAGCUUUCACCUCCAAAAUCAACAUCUGGUACUUCAAGCUCCCAAUCUGAUAUGGAGGAGAGCCAGCAGGAUGAUGAGAAUCUGGGGCAGUUAGAUACAACAAGAGGAGGCGAAUACAGCGCAGUCACUAAGACUGAAGCAAGUCAUAGAUCCACUGUUGUCAAACCAAAUGUAGGGCCCACUAGAACCGAACCUCAAACAUCUUCUGAACCAAUAAUAUAUCGCCAGGAAAUCGGUCCAACGAGUAGCAGAGCUUUGCCACCGCGUGAAAACUACGAAUAUGCACCAAGUAUUACAUCGAGCAGGCGGACGGGUCCAGCACAAACCAGCAAAAACGAAUCAAGAAAGACAAAGGAAGCGAUUGGGAAACGGAGCAAAAAGGUUUCAGAGAAGAUGAAGAAGGAGCAAAAGAGGGAAAGGGAUGAAAGAGAACCUGAUGAUGAAGAGGAGGAGGAGGAGGAGGAGGAGGAGAUGAGCGCUGAAACUUACUGGAGAGACUGCUACAGAGCCUGGGCUCAUUACUACGCCUCCAUGUCUCCGUAUCAGGAGCAAGGUUACCAAAGCUACUAUAAUGUAGCUCACAACUGGAUGGCAGCUUAUCGCAUGAAUGCUGUUUACAUGGAGGAACUCCUGAAACACUGACUUGUCUCUACUGUCUUCAAACAUUGCCAAUCAUCAUCUAAUGAGAGAAUGUAAACAGUCUUAACAUCUGCAAAAAAUGAAUUAAAAAUUGCAGGAGUUGAGUACAAAUAUUUGCACUUCUGAUCUAACAUACUGCACUUAGAUGUUUUUUGAGUGUUUUUCAAUGAAUUCAUGCUAUAUGCUGUUUGUCGCUAUUACUUUUCUAAUAAAUUACCACCAUGGAGCACA